AGAGCAUGAAGAAUGAAGUUUUAUCCUUUUUGAAUUAAUAUUGCUGUCGCGGCAUGUCAUGUUCUCCUAGCUUCGCAAAGUUCAACUGUCUUACCCAAUGUUUUGUCAGGUGCGGGGUGAUGAAGGUUCGAUUUGUAGGCACAAAAAAACAGGACAGCGCUACGGUACGUCGGCGCCUUCUACAAGCAAUUCGUACACGAAACUACCGAAAUCGCCAGAAAACAAGAAAUGAUAUUACCAAGGCAAACCACCGGGGCGAACUAUUGCCAGCCGCAGUUGGUUCAGUGGCAGAGAAUGGGCUAUCGGAACUUGAGAACAAUUCAUUACGCGACACUGAGGAGAUUGAAGAAAGCGGCAAUUUUGCCUGUGACAACUUUACUAUCUCUAGUCAGGAAGUUGAUGAUCCCAGCAUCAGUACCAUCGAGCCAGAUCCCUGUUAUGGGGAGGAAGUAGUCGACAUCUACUCUGGUGAAGAAGGCGGAGAUCGGUGACAACCCCAAAGCCCACAAAUCUAUACCGAGGAGCCAGCAGAUCUGGCUAAUGAUAAUGCCAACACUGAUGUGGAAUAUACCACAUAGAAUUGUAUUCAGCAGUUCCU